AGUCGAUGAUGCAUAUCAAGAGCCUGCCACACGCACAUCAGGCCGCUGCGGCAAUGAGCAAUUGUGACAUUGUCAUUGUUGCCGCGCAACCGCAAACAACCAGCGCCAACAAUAACAACAACGAUACGGUCACACAGGCAAGCCAUGCCAGCCAUGUGGCAGCCGUCGCCCACGCCCAGCAUCAGGCCCAGCAGCAACAACAACAACAGCAGCAGCAACAACAACAACAACAGCAGCAGCAGCAACAACAUAACCAACAGCAACAACAACAGCCGCCCGCGCCGACAGAAAUCGCUUUACCCUUUAACAUGCAUUUGACGGGCAUCGCACAGGAGGCACACAAUGCCGCUCAAGCGGCCGCCAUGGCAGCUGCGCAGGCCGCGGCAGCGCAAGCCGCCGCAGCAGAGCAGCAACCUCAAUCCGCACAGGGCGCGCAGGCGGGACAGGCGCCAUCAGCGCAUACGCUGGCGCAUCUGGUGGCCAAUGCAACGCAUAGUCCGCCGACACAAUUAACCGGCGACGGAUCGCACUAUGUGACCAGCAAUGGACACGGCGGGGCUGAGCAUGCGUCGGGCGAGGGCAAUGGCUCGAAUAGCAGCAAUGGAGGCGGCGGACGGGAGCAGGAGAAACCGUUUCAUUGCACGGUGUGCGAUCGACGCUUUCGGCAAUUGAGCACGCUGACCAAUCACGUGAAGAUCCAUACCGGUGAGAAGCCCUACAAGUGCAACGUUUGUGAUAAGACGUUCCGUCAAUCGUCCACGCUGACGAAUCAUCUGAAGAUUCAUACGGGCGAAAAACCCUACAAUUGCAACUAUUGUCCCAAGCAUUUCCGUCAGCUCAGCACAUUGGCAAAUCACGUGAAGAUCCAUACGGGUGAAAAGCCGUUCGAGUGCGUCAUAUGCAAGAAACAAUUCCGGCAAUCCAGUACGCUCAACAAUCACAUAAAGAUCCAUGUCAUGGACAAGGUCUACGUUCCUGUCAAGAUCAAAACCGAGGAGGACGAGGGGUGACUAGGACGCAUGGCGUUGGCGCAACAUCAUCAUCUCCAUCAGCAGCAACAGCAGCAGCAGCAGCAACAACAACAGCAGCAUCAUCAACAGUCGUCAACGCCAUCGCAGCAGCAACAACAUCAGCAACAGCAGCAGCAACAACACCACAUCGAACAUCAACGGGGAGUUACAAUUACAACAUUGCCAUCAACAACGACAGUGGCCCAACACCAGCAGCAACAACAGCAGCAGCAGCAAUCGCAUCUGCAGCAAACGCAGCAUGGCAAUGGCACAUCGCCGCAUCAUCAUUUCAAUGUGGCCGCUUUGGGUGAUUUGUCCAGCGCCAUGCAAUUGGGUGCAGUGACAGCGGAUGGUAAUUUCGUGACCAUGGGCGGCGUGGUUGUCGGACGCAUACAGCAUCCAAGAGGCGAGGAGCUUCAGCAUUUGGGUGUCAUCAAAAUGGAAUCGCCAACGAAUGGCAUUUCAGCGGCAGCAGCUGCCGCGGCUGCAGCAGCGGCUGCUUCGCAACGCGAUGGAUGAGUCGAUGAGCUGCUCCUCGAGUAUAUGCUCAAGGAGGCCAACGAAGCGAACGACGAAGAUGAUGAUGAUGAUAAUGGUGGCGAUGAGCAAGAUGUCGCGUAUGUGGCGCUGGAGCAGCAGCAGCAACUACAACAACAACAGCAGCAACAACAACAGCAGCAGCAACAACAUCAUCGUCGACGACGGCGACGAAUCAAUAAACAUUGAAUUGUCUUGUUCUGCUCAUUUGUUGUUUGCUGCGCGAUUCUUGUGCUGUCUGUUGUUGUUCUCGUUGUUGGUGGUGUAUACGCUUACGUUGUUGUUAGUUGUUUAAUUGUAGCGAAACAUUGUUGUUGUUGUUAAGGUUUAAAUGUGACUAAGAAGUUCUUACCAAGAUGAAUUAUCAGGUCUGAAAAAAACUACUCGAAACUCUUUGUAUCUCACAACAGCAAAGCAGAAACGUCUGCUUCAUGGAAUAUGUGUUAGUGAGAGCAUCAUAGUUAUAGUCUGAUUAGACCUGAAUGUAUAGCAAAACGCUUCAAUAGUAGCUAAACGAAAAACAUAAAAAAAUUAUACUAUAAUGAUAAACCGUCGCCAACAGCACCUAGCGCUCCGAAAUGGCCUCUUAGAUGAGAAUGAUCAUGAUCUAAACACACACAGAAACUACUGAGUCGUCAAUAGCCACAACCGCAACCACAAACCGACACAACAUAUAUCAAACAACAAUUAUAAUCGAGGCAAUAGAUCCCAACAUCUCUCCCCCCACAACAAUUUCCAAGCUCCUUAAAAUACCUUUACAAGAAAAAUAACUCUUUAAUUGUAAGCGCAAACAAAACUCCCCAAGUAACAAAAAUCAUUUAUUAAGCAAAAAGUCAUUGCGUUUAAGUCGAAAGUGCAAAACUAAAAAAAAAAUUGUUUUUUAAAUCAUUUGUUAUAAACAUAAUUUUCAAUUUCAAAUUGUUCUAUUAGCAUUUAACGUUUAAGCGAGAUUGUUGUACAAUUGUUCAGAGCGCUUUCAUAGAAUUCUGCUGACAUAGUCAACGUUGCCCUAAUUUCCUAAAGAAACAUUUUUACAGAUGAAAAGUUAUUUUUUAAAAUCAUUGUAAAUGCCGCCAUUAUAUUGAUGAGACGCUGUUUGAUUUUUUUAUAUAAUCAAUCCAACGGCGAGAGUUUUCACCAAUUUAAUUCGUUUUUAAAAAACAACAAAAAAGUUAGUCUAAUUAUUUAAAUAUUGUUUUAAGCCUAGCUACCUAUACCUACACACCCCGCUCUUCCCUUCCCCCACAAAACACACACCAUAUGCAGCAGCAGCAACACAACUAAACAAAUUUGUAAUUACCUUAAGUGGCAGCAGAAGUAACCUAAAUAUUUACGUAGUCUACCGAUACUGAUACAGAUGCAGAUAUAUAGAGAAUAUAUAUACUAUACUAUAGCAGUUAGUAGAGCCUUUAGUUUGUACAUUUUUUGGCGGGCCCCUCACACCCGUGACGCGGGUCCUUAAAAGUGAGUUUUGUUAAUUUUAAUUAAUUCUAAUUUUAGUCGUUAUAGUUUUAUUAUUUUACAAAUUGGCACAAUUUGGAUAAACAACAAAAAAGAGAAAGCAAUUACUAAACAACAAUGAUGAUCAUGAUGUUGAUGAUUUAGCUAUCAUUAUUUUAAUCUUAAUACUAUUUAGUUACUGGAGUAAAACACAAACUACGAGUUAAACUAAUGCUAAUCUUAAUCACAUUGUGCGAUAGCAAAGCAACAAGUUCUGUACAAAGCCCAACUCCAAUUUUGUAUGUAUAAAGUGUCAGACGGAGAAACAACAGCAAACAAAAAAAUAAGAGAAAAUAUUAUUUUCUAAAAAUAUAAA